AUAGAGAAUCAGCUUACAGAGCUGGAGCAGCGGCUAGCACAAACAGAGAAGAUGCUCAACUCCAUUCUGACCCAACUGGACCCAUUGACAAGUUGUGUCAAGUCUGUGGCCCAGGAACAGAAGAACGAGAUCAUGUCCCAACUCCAGUCCAUCCGCCACCUGAUGAAGAAGAGAGGCAUGGACUGUCCACCCCUUAACAUUGAAGAGCCACAGUGCGAGAGGAACCUGGAUGACCUCAUCGAGUCUCUGGCAGCCCACGGCGACACCUCACCAGAGAUGGUUGCUCCUGCGGAAGACGAUCAAAGUGGUGUGGAGAAAGAGGAGGAGCCAGUCCACCAGCAGCACCACCCUGAAUCCAAGGGUGAGAACUCAGUGACUGACGCUCAGGAGGAGGAAAUGCCCUCCUUGGAGGAUUCUUGUGAGACAAACAUUGAGGACAUAGGCCUAGCCCAGAACAUUCCAGAAGAAAUGCCUACAACUGGGCUCAGACGCCGCAACAGGCUGGAAUGAACAGAAAAAAGGGUGUUUUAAACUGUACAUGAAUAAAGCCAUACAUGUAUUUUCUCAUUCUUAAUGGCACUACUGCAGUCUGUUCAGUAAUGCUCUUGCUUUUGGCUCGUAGUUGAAUAAGAAAGGGCAGCUAUCAUUGUGAAAGAAUUUUGUCCAAGGUUGUGUGUGAUGGAGGUGAUUUUUUUCUGUUCCAUCCCUUAAAGCAUAGCAGAUCCCUGGCUAGGCCAAUGUGUAGGUUUAGGACUUACUCCUGACAAAUAAAAGCCCCAGAAGCCUAACUCCAUAUAAUUUGACUUAUUUCUGGAGGUUUUCCUUGUCAGGCCCCAAGUAUGAGGCCUGAGUUUUCCAUCCUUGAACCAAACGUUAGUUAGUAUGUAAGGUGCCUGUAAAUGUGUUUUCAUCACGUGAUGCUGCUUGGAAACCCUGUACGUCAUUAUAUGCUGCCAUCUUUUAGAAGCAAUCAUUUCGGCCCUAACUAUCAAGACCUCAAAGUGUGUUAUGCAAUCUUGCAACAGCCAUCAUCCGUAUGUCAUAGAAUAGUCAAAAUAAUAAAAAAUGUCAAACAUGGUUAACUAUAAAUAGCUACAUUUAGUUUUUCUACUACGUACUCGAGUCUACAAACUACAAGUGCAAGCUUGUGACGUUUGGCUUGUGGUAUGAUUUGCUUGUUUUCAGACAUCUUAUGCAUGUGUUUUUCUCUGCAACUGAUCUUGAAUGUCCUGGUGGAUAAAACUGCAUGAGUUCUCUUACUAGAGGGAGAUGCAGGACAAUCAUGAAUGUAUUGAUGACAUAGUCUAAAUCAUGCCUCUCCAACCCUGUUCCUGGAGAGCUACUGUCCAGUGUGUUUCUCUAUAACCCUGUUCCUGGAGAGCUACUGUCCAGUGUGUUUCUCUAUAACCCUGUUCCUGGAGAGCUACUGUCCAGUGUGUUUCUCUAUAACCCUGUUCCUGGAGAGCUACUGUCCAGUGGGUUUCUCUAUAACCCUGUUCCUGGAGAGCUACUGUCCAGUGGGUUUCUCUAUAACCCUGUUCCUGGAGAGCUACUGUCCAGUGGGUUUCUCUAUAACCCUGUUCCUGGAGAGCUACUGUCCAGUGGGUUUCUCUAUAACCCUGUUCCUGGAGAGCUACUGUCCAGUGUGUUUCUCUAUAACCCUGUUCCUGGAGAGCUACUGUCCAGUGUGUUUCUCUAUAACCCUGUUCCUGGAGAGCUACUGUCCAGUGUGUUUCUCUAUAACCCUGUUCCUGGAGAGCUACUGUCCAGUGUGUUUCUCUAUAACCCUGUUCCUGGAGAGCUACUGUCCAGCGUGUUUCUCUAUAACCCUGUUCCUGGAGAGCUACUGUCCAGUGUGUUUCUCUAUAACCCUGUUCCUGGAGAGCUACUGUCCAGUGUGUUUCUCUAUAACCCUGUUCCUGGAGAGCUACUGUCCAGUGUGUUUCUCUAUAACCCUGUUCCUGGAGAGCUACUGUCCAGUGUGUUUCUCUAUAACCCUGUUCCUGGAGAGCUACUGUCCAGUGUGUUUCUCUAUAACCCUGUUCCUGGAGAGCUACUGUCCAGUGUGUUUCUCUAUAACCCUGUUCCUGGAGAGCUACUGUCCAGUGUGUUUCUCUAUAACCCUGUUCCUGGAGAGCUACUGUCCAGUGUGUUUCUCUAUAACCCUGUUCCUGGAGAGCUACUGUCCAGCGUGUUUCUCUAUAACCCUGUUCCUGGAGAGCUACUGUCCAGCGGGUUUCUCUAUAACCCUGUUCCUGGAGAGCUACUGUCCAGCGGGUUUCUCUAUAACCCUGUUCCUGGAGAGCUACUGUCCAGCGGGUUUCUCUAUAACCCUGUUCCUGGAGAGCUACUGUCCAGCGGGUUUCUCUAUAACCCUGUUCCUGGAGAGCUACUGUCCAGCGGGUUUCUCUAUAACCCUGUUCCUGGAGAGCUACUGUCCAGUGGGUUUCUCUAUAACCCUGUUCCUGGAGAGUUACUGUCCAGUGGGUUUCUCUCCAACCCUAAUCUAGCACGCGUGAUCCUAAUAAUUAGCUGGUUGAUAAGGGGAAUCCAGUUAGUUAUAAGGGGUUUGUGGGAACCUACCGGGGGGUAGCUCUUCAGGAGCAGAGUUGGAGAGCCCUGGUCUGAAUUAAUUUGCAUUUGUCCAGUUAUGUAGUUCAGAUUAAGCACGAUAUGUGUAUUUAGCAACACAAACAUGCAUUCUGCUCUGUUUUUAUAUUUGUUUAAAUAUUUUGUGAUCUAUCGUUGACUGUAGUUAACACAGAAGUUAGCCUCUGGUUAGAACCAACCCAGUGAAACUACAGGAUAGAACAGAAAUCAAAUGAUCUCAUUGGUUUUGUCUUAAAUUGCACCCUACCUAUUCCCUAAUAUAGUAGGCCUCUGGUCAAAAGUAGGGAAUAUGGUGACAUGAUCUGUGUAGUAAUACUGUACCAGCAAUCAAAUAAUCACGUUUGUGUAGAAAUGUUGUACCACAAGACUUUUCAAAACACUGAUAAAUAUCUUGUCUUGUGAUAACUAUAGCUUUGGAGCAAAUGUUUUCAUAUAUCAUAAUUCAUAUAUCUGGAAACUAUAGAAACACUGCGAUGUUUGUCCCCUGUUUGAGAGGUCAUUUGUCGGCUAACUCUAUUUAUUUUGUGUAGCUGUGCUCUUGGGCAUAACUGAGGAACGUUGAAAGAUGGGAGAAAAUGUUCCACUCCUUACUAGAAAAUAAAGGUGCUAUGUGGCAAA